AUGCCGAACAUUCCAGUGAUGAGAAACCCGACCCCGAGGUACAGCGCCGAAACAACACAGAUGCUCUAUACCCUCCAUUCCCAUGCAUCAAAAUACGAAUCAUGCCUCGCCUGGACUAGCAUUCUCGAGGUAUUCUUCCCUACUUCGCCCGAUCCUGAGUUUCCUCAUGUCCCACCCAAAUACAAACUGCAGGUUGACCUCGAGUCCAGAUUGCCGUUGUUGACUGCAUCGGUCGUUUUCACUCAAAGUAUAUUUACAGACACCCACUUUCUCUAUUUCCACUUUCGAGAGAAACCGAGCAACCCGGACGAUAUGACUCUCGAUACAUUGGCGACCUGGGAGGAUGAAUUGAAGAGAGACCUGCUACACCUGCCAAGAACAUACAGCGAGAGCCUCUUUGGCGCCAUCGCCUAUGGUCGAGAUGUCCGUUUCUAUCAACUCAUGCCUGAUGCAAGGCUGGAGCCUACUUACUGGUACGCAGAUGGACUUGCACACCAGAACAUGGACAUUGUGUAUCAUCAUCGGCGUAUCACUAAUUGGUUGCGAAUAAUCAAGGUACGUUGGGUUUGA